AUGGAGGCGUUCAGGCACAGAAUUGGUGCCAUCUUCAGGCCUCGUCGACAUGAACUGGUGAAAGAAACAUCCACCGAAGAAAUUCCAUUUGCUACAAGCAUCGUCGACAUUCCAAGCAUAUUUACCGAACCGCCAUCACAACAACACCAUGACAUCAGCGAACAAAGCGAGUCUUUAUCAGUAUCUUCGCCUGUGUCGACAGUGCUUGAUGCAGAGUCGACUUCGGUCUCAGUUUCGACUCCACCUUCUGAUGAACCUCCCUCCUUCAUUGAUUCACAACACAUCGUUCAAUAUCGCGUCAUGCAGCCUUAUACGCCACGUGAACCGGACGAACUGGCGCUCAACUUGGGAGAUGUUAUCAUCGUCAAUGAGGCCUUUCUUAAUGGCUGGGCUUUCGGAUACUCGCAGGCUACAAAUCUAUAUGGAAUGGUGCCAAAGGCAGCAUUGGAGGAAGUGCUUCUCCAAGCGAUCGCUCCUCGGAUAAAAGAAGCUGAACCGUCUAACUCUCCACGCAUGCCAUCAGCAGCCUCAAUAAUCUCCCAUAAAGACGAUCUAUCUGCAUUGAAAGCGUGGCUCACUCCUGUUGAUUUCAGGCUGACCACGUUUACCCUCAAGGAGAAAAGACUUAAAUCUACUCGAGGGUGGCUGUUUGACGAAUUGAUGGAAUGGAAGGAUGGUACGGAUCAGUCUCGUUUGUAUUGGCUGUCGGGUGUAGCAGGUGUAGGGAAAUCUGUAAUAGCUGGUUGUUUCGCAGAUGAAUUGCAGAAUCGAAGUCAAUUAGCAGGCUAUUUCUUUUGUAAACAUGACGAGAAUGCCCGUAGUGACCCCAGACGUAUUCUUGGAACAUGGGCAUUCCAGCUGGCUUGUUUUGACCCGGAUGUUAGGAAAGCUUUAUUGGAUUUAUAUCAAGCAGAACCAAACUUUCUGAUUAAUACGCCCUCAAUUGGUCUUCAAUUCGAGCAACUUAUAGCGAAACCGUUAUCCAAGUAUCGUGGUGGCAAAGCCGUGAUAUUGCUAGAUGCACUGGAUGAAUGUGCGGUGGAAGAUAGCAAGCAACUACGAGGCUUUCUCCAACCACUUGCUAAACACUUUAGCAGUCUUCCAAAGCAGAUUCUCUUUUUUGUAACCAGUCGCCCAUUGCAAGAACUACGUCUGCAACUAUCAGAGUUUACACCACGAGUUAUGGAACUAGAAGACAUAUAUAAUCUGAACGACAUAAAGCUUUAUGCUAUUUUCCGCGUUACCAAGUUACGCCCUAUACUUGACACGGAUGAGCAAGUUGACUGCCUCGCCGAUAAGCUAGCUACAAUGGCACAUGGUUUAUUCGUAUGGUUACAUCUUGCAUGCGAUACUAUGGAUAAAUCCGACGAUUUUAACGAGACGAUUACGGAGCUGGAGCAGCGCACUCCAGGCAAUGACGAGGAUCAAAUGGAUGCAAUGUAUACUAGGGCACUCGUAUCUGGCUAUAAAGAAGCUCCUGGUUUAGCAAUAGAGCUAUAUACCAAACUAGUGGGGGCACUCAUAGCCCUUCGAACUCCAAUGUCGGCCGACGACUUAUCCGCUCUUCUAGUAAUCCCGUCAACAGCAGUCAAACUCAGCUUCUCCCGAAUACAAUCUCUGCUCGCAGUAUCUAAGUCGUCAGUACAGCUAAUGCACAAGUCUGCUGCUGAUUUCAUCACUUCAAGGGACCGUUGUAUUGGAGAGGCAUCGCCCUUUUUUAUAGAUAAACAGGUAGCAGAUUCAGACUUUGCCAGAAUGUGCUUGCUUGCUCUGCCGCCAAAUUUGAAACUGCAAAGUGUUCCCGUGCAGAUAGAGCGGCUACGAGGCAUCGUCCCGGAUGAUACACCGGCACAUAUGAGAUAUGUUUUGAUCCACUGGAUUGAUCAUUUAAACUCCAUAGAGAAGCUGGACAGUGAGUUAACAAAGGUGCUCGCUCAAGUUCUUCAAUUCAACGGUCGUGCGAUGCUGAUAGUCGCGGUGAUUAAGAACUUGCCAAUAGCUCUCAAACAUAUAUUGAAAGUCGGUGGGGGCCCAUAUCUUUUGAAAGCUGCCGAGGACGUGAAGUUUUUCAAAUCAACGAUUUUGGUGGAAGCCAUCGUAUCUGAUAAUUCAGGGAUCGUCGAAGCUUUGUUAGAAUAUGGUGGUGCUCCAGUGGAAGGUGACGAGAACUACCCUCCUACACCCAUGCAGGCAUGCGUCAUAGCAUCCUCAGUUGAUUCUCUCAUGGUUCUUUUGCGUCACGGCGUGGACUUGGAGGGCAGAACUGCUGUAGGAGGAACCAGCGAAGGUCACAACUAUGAUUCAAUGUCGAUGGGAGUAAUCAACAUUCAAGUCGGUCUUGAGCGUACUCGUCGUAAGGUGAAACUGGAAGAAUUGCAUAUGGAUGAUAUUAUGAAUGCUGCAAGACUGGGCAAUGUUGAACGGUUAAAACACUUGCUGGAGGUCAAUCCGUCGAUAGAUAUAAACCAACAGUACCAAGAGUGUGGCAACAAGACGCUGCUGCUCGUAUCAUGUCAGUAUGGAUCCGUUGAUGUGGUCACAUAUUUGUUGAGCAUUGGAGCAAAUCCCAAUCUAGUCGACCAUCAAAAUCGCAGUUCACUCCACCAUGCCUGCUCCUUUGGCUCUCUAGAAACCGUGAAGGCAUUAUUGAAAGCUGGAGCCUUGGUAGACGCCGAGGGAUUAGACAGCAGAGACGCAUUCUUCAACAACAAAUUUGUUAGACCCAUCGACCUGGCUUGCGAAAAGGGUCAUAUAGAUAUAGUUAGGUGGUUGCUGGAGAAUGAUGGAGUGAGUUCUUCAGCGCUUGAUCCCGGAAAGGUCCAUCCGCUUUGUUAUGCAGCAAUGGGAGAUUCUAUCGAGGUCAUUCAGUUACUUUUAUCCCAUGGAGCGGAUGUCAACUGCGUAAGUACAACCUCUGGAGGCUCUUGUACCGCAAUUUUCGGUGCGGCAAUGUAUGGAGCCGAGAAUAGUGUUGCAUACCUCCUCAAUCUCGGAGCUGACUCUGAACUUGGCUCGGAAACAGAGGGAGUGGAAGCAGACGGUGUUCGGUUGCCAAAUCUAACCCCGUUAGAUGUCGCAUGGGUAAAAGGAUAUCCAGUUAUAGUUUCACUUCUACUCCCUAGAUCUCCCCCGGCUAAAGAUACAAAAGUCGAACUACAGCUGCCAUACAUGGGAAUUUGGAUUCCACUCGUCCUAACACCAUUGAUUGUGGGUACCAUAUUCAAUGAACCGGCACUGGUCAAGAUGAUGUUAGAUUACGGAGACAACACAGAGGUGGUGCAGCCCUUCGGCUUCCAGCUUGACAUGUUUGAAUCUACAGCUUUGCACUGGGCCUUUUGGCAUGGAAGAACCGUUAUUGCCAGGAUGCUGUUAGAUGCUGGAGCUAAUAUCAAAGCACGAGUAACUUCUAAUCGAUCGUGUCUGCAUGUCGUUGCACUUAGUCUAUACACCGGAGACCGCCUAAAAUCCGAUAUGAUCAGGCUGGGAAAGUACUAUGGAGCUGAUCUUGAUGACGUAGAUGCAGACGGAUGUACUCCUUUACUUCUUGCCGUCACAAAAAAGGCAAUCCAGACUGUGGAGACCUUGUUGGAGCUUGGAGCUAACGUGAACCUAGCUGAUAAUUCGGGCAAUACACCAUUGCAUGAAGCAGCUAAAGAGAAUGCUGCGAAUAUGGUCACGGUGUUGGUGAAGGGCGGUGCCGAUAAGAGUAAAGUGAAUAAAUCAGGAAUGACGCCUCUACAGAUUGCUCAGAAGGCUGGAUAUAAUAAUCUAUUACCGGUGUUGAGGUAA